CAAGGCGUGGCUUCAAUUAAUAAAACCAUUGAAGUCAUUUUCUCUUUCUAGUCUCUAAUUUCUCCUCCAUUUUUAGUUCAUUCAGACUAUGGAAGAGUCCAGAUGCAAUCUUUACAUGCACAGGGAAGCUCUUGCUUGGGCUCCAAAGAAGAAGCGGCUUCCUGUGACCCUAGUGACUGGAUUCUUGGGCUCUGGUAAGACCACCCUCCUCACCCACAUACUCAACAACAAGGAGAAUCUCAAGAUUGCAGCUGCUGUUAAUGACUUUGCCUCUCUUAACAUUGACGGUCAAAUAGUUCGUGGGGUUGUGGGUGGGAAAGAAGGCGUGGUCGAACUCUCAAAUGGUUGUCUCUGCUGCUCUGUAUCUGGCGAGUUUCGUAAAGCCGUCUGGGCGUUACUACAAGACGCCGACAUUGGAAAAAUAGAUUAUCUUGUUGUGGAAACGAGUGGAGUGAGCGACCCACUACAGACGAUAUCAGCACUAGAAGAAGAGUAUGGACAAAUGUACCGAGUAAGACUAGACGUGGUAGUGACAGUAGUUGAUACGGACUAUCUCUCCUCAAGACUUAAAGACGACUCUCUCUCUCGCUCCGUUGCUGCUGACAGCCAAUUGAAAUGUGCCGACGUUGUUUUGCUAAAUAAACGAGACCUUGUUUCCGAGGAAGACCUUGAAAUGGUUAAGAGUUAUCUUUCUUCCCUCGUCCCUGGCGUUUCCAUUUAUCCUUGUCGCUAUGGUGCAGUCCCCCUUCACUGGAUACUGGAGGUCAGUGAAGUACCAAAAGGACCUCAACUUGUCUCGCAUGAGAGAACUUCCUCCGCCUACACAAUCAGUGCAGUGGGUGGAGUCAAGAAUGUUGCUAGGAAAGGACGAGAUCUAAGCGGGCAUGGAAAGAAUCAUUUAUCAGCUGAUGAGUUCCAGUCAAUUGUUUUCGAAAGUUCUUCCCCUUUUUCGUUAUCGUUAUUUCAAGGGUUUUUGGGUAAUGGAUUCCCAGAGGGUGUGGCUCGCAUGAAAGGGACUGUUUGGUUUAGCGAAGCCCGUUCAUGUCUCUACUCCUUUCACAUGAGUGGUAGGAACCGCUACGAGAUCACACCCCAAGAAACUGGACUAGGAGGACCUCCAAAAGUUGAAUUGGUAGCUAUUGGAAAAUCCGGUAACAUGGAUAGGGUUUUUAAAUCAUUGGAAAAUUGUGUACAGAAUAAGCAGCUGCCAUCGUCAAUGGAAGAGGACGUUAAAGAUAGACACAAAACUGUAUGCAAUUUGAUAAAGGCUCACGAUUAUUUUAUUUUAGAGGAGGAAGAGCAUAGUGACAUUAGUGAUUUCUCUUAUGUUGAUUUCCGUGUGUCUGGUUGCAUUGAUUAUGGAGUGACUGAGGAGGAAGCAAAAGGAUUCCACGGGAUUAAUUUCGACAAAAUGAACAGAGAAGUUUCCCUCAGGCUGAAUGGAUCAAGCGAAACCGUCAGUUUACUGCCGGUACUACUCUCAAACGGGACACAGGUAUUAAGGCAUUCUGUAGCAAAGGGAGCUGGUUUUGAAGAAACAUGGCGUGUACUGAUUCCUAUAGCAGAAAAGGUUGUCAGCGAGACGUUCAAAUCAGUUGGUGUCUGCAAAUGUGGACGAUAAAGUGGAUAAUGAAUUCAAAUUUUGGUGCAAAGCACACCUGACCUGUUAUAAAUUUAUUAUUACUAUAUUUAGAUAAUAUU